CAGUAUUAACUUAGAUAUAGUUAUCAUUUACGUACGCUAUAAUUUAGCUUAAUUAGGCAACAUGGUUAAAGAAACAGAGCACUACGCGAAGCUCGCCGUCGACUACCUCUUUUCCCAUGGUGUCUACAUCCUCCUCUUCCUUUUCCUCAGCUUCUUCCUUAUCCAGGCGCCGGCGUCCGUCUCCUUGAACGAUUUCCUAGGCUGGCUCGAUUCGACCACCGCCGUGCUCGGCGGCUGCCUGCUCCUCUGCCUCCUCAUCAUCUACCUCCUGGCGCGGCCGCGGCCAGUGUAUCUGAUGGAGAUCGCGUGCUACAAACCGAAGAAAUCGACCCAUGAGCUCAUAUCGUUGUCGGACUUAGCCGACGUGUUCUCUCCGGAGAACCUGGAGUUCCAGCGCAGGAUCUUGGAGCGCUCCGGCCUCGGCCACGAGACGUACCUGCCGGAGACGGUGUUGCGCGCGCCGUCGUACAACCAUCCGGUGGAGGCGCGGAAGGAGGCGAGCGCAGUGAUGUUCGAGCCGGUGGAAGCGCUGCUGAAGAAGACGGGGCUGCGGCCGGAGGACGUCGACAUUUUGAUCGUGAACUGCGGGCUGUUCAACCCUGCGCCGUCGCUGUCGGCGAUGGUGGUGAACCGGUUCAAGCUCCGGCACGACGUGAUCACGUUCAGCCUCGGCGGGAUGGGGUGCAGCGCUAGUCCGAUUGCGAUAGCGCUCGCCAGGGAUCUCCUCCAGCUCAACCGGAAUUCGUAUGCCAUCGUCAUCAGCAUCGAGAACACCGCCAUGGGCGGCAGGUACGAGGGCAACGACCGGUCGAUGCUGGUGUCCAACUGCUUGUUCAGGGUGGGCGGCGCUGCCGUGCUGCUGACCAACAAGCGCAGCGAGCGGCGGAGAUCCAAGUACCAGCUUAUGCACGUGGUGCGCACGCACACGGGCGCCGAGGACCAGAGCUUCAUGGCGGCGGCUCAGGUGGUGGACGCCGACGGCAAGCUGGGCAUCUCCCUCUCCAAGAACCUCAUGGCGGUGGCCGCCGACGCGCUCCGCAUCAACCUCACCACCCUCGGCCCCCUCAUCCUGCCCGCCUCCGAGAAGCUCAUCUACGUCGCCAAGUGGCUGGCAAAGAGGGUGAUCAUGAGUAACAAGGCCGCCGGCGAGACGAAGCCGUACGUGCCGGACUUCACGCGGGCGGUGGAGCACGUGUGCAUCCACACGGGAGGCCGCGGGGUGGUGGAGGAGAUGGGGCGGUGCCUGCGGCUGACGGAGUGGCACCUGGAGCCGUCGCGGAUGACGCUGCACCGGUUCGGCAACACGUCGAGCAGCUCGGUGUGGUACGUGCUGGCGUACGCGGAGGCGAAGGGGCGGGUCCGCAAGGGCGACCGCGUGUGGCAGAUCGCCCUGGGAGGCGGCUUCAAGUGCAACAGCGCUGUGUGGAGGGCGCUCCGGACGGUGAAGGCGGCGGCGGAGGACCCCGACCUCAACCCGUGGGCGGACGAGAUCAGCAAGUUCCCGGUGCAAGUAGCCGUCUCGUCCAACGCCGACACCAUGGGAAUUCGCCUCGUUAAAUUUGAUUAUUAAUUAAUGAUUGAUGCAUGCCCUACGUACAAUACAAUUACGGCAUGUCGCCGAUCAAAUAAAUGUGCUUGCUUGUGUCUGUGUUGAUGAAUUUGUUAUUAAGAUGAUGUAACUUUAAUUGAAGAUAUUAAGGAAGACAAUUCCUUAUUAUCAUUUAAUUUGGAUGGGUCUUUUCAACAUUA